UCCGUACACAUUCAUUCGAGAUGAUCAACUUUGGCGAACAGACAAUAUUAUGCAAGAACUGACAUUUUUCGGAACCAUAAAAAAUGUAGCGACAUCUGUCAGCUAUACGAUAAAGGAACCUGUACAGAAUCCUGGUCUCGCACAUCCCCCAUUGCCUCUGUAUUAUCCCUGUAAUGUUUUAGCAUGUCUCGCUCGAUUUUUGGAAAAGGCACAACAACAGCCGAUCUCUUGAUUCAAGUUCGCAAGCUCAAAGAGGACUGCGUCUCAUUACGUCAAAUUUUUAUCUCCAUCUUGCAGCAGCUUAAGAGUGUUGCCGAUAAUUCCUUCCUCCCUCUCGAUCACGCGAAGGAGCUCAAGAGGUUCAUUGACAUCUGGGACAGGCACUGUGGGGUAACGUAUGUUCAAAUUAUAUGGAGGUCACGGUACAUUGCCGAGAAAGCCGAAGAAUCUGCAAAUUUUCUUGGACUGCUAUACAACCUUCUCCAUAACUGCAAAACAGCUUACACGGUGUUCUCGUUGACGUAGAAGCGCACAAAACUCUCACCGAGCGAGAUGAAAGAAGGGGCCAGGAAAUAGUGAACGAUCUCGUAAAACUCAAUGAGGAUGUGGCGCAAUUCUCUCAUGAUUGGAAAGUUUCUCUGUCCAGCAUUUCCCCUGUGUUCUAAAACUCUCUCACCACGGUUUCAGGAAAAGGUUUACCAACAAAUGCAGAUCGCAUCA